UCAAUAAUGAAAUAAAAGUUAUUAACAACUAAAAAGUCGGAUAUAGAUUUAGGAAAUUAAGAUUAAUUAAACCAUAUAAUUGAAAUUCUGUAAAAAGAAUAAGGUAUAAGGACAAAUCAAGAAGUUGACAUGACAAGGAAAGCAUUUAUUUAAUUCAAGUUUUUUUAAGAUUUAGAACAAUAGAUGGGUUCAGAGAUGGUGAGUAAUUUAUAUAGACAAUUAUCUCAUGAGAUGAUAAAAGCGAGAUAAGUUGUUUUUAAUUUAGGUGAUAUUGGUAAGAAGUUUUAUAUAAUACUUUCUGGAAGUGUUUGGGUUCUUAUACAGAGGAAGGGACUGUAGGAUGGAAAUUAGUUAGGAGAAGAAGAGAAAAAGAGAGAAGAAACAUUAAGAAGGCAGAAUACAAGAAAGGCGACAUUAAAACAUUAAUAAAGUAUGAUGAAAUCUAAGAGAUUCAAAAAGCAAACAACUUUUUUUACUGAAACGAACUAAGUACUUUUGGAUGAAGUUUACGCAAAAAUGACAGAUGCAGAAUUUCUUGAAUGUCAAUAUCCUACACUCUAAAAGGUAGGUUAAAUGAAAGCAGGUGAUAGUUUUGGAGAAAUAGCAUUAACUAAAUAAGUUCCAAGAACAGCCACUAUUGUUGCAGCAGAAGAUACAAAUUUUGCAACUGUAUCUAGAGAACAAUUCAAUAAAUUAUUAUCAUCCUAUUAUGAAUACAUUCAGUAACAAAAUGUUGCAUUUUUAUAAAAAGUACCAGCUUUUGCAGAAUGGAAUGAAUAAAUGUUAAAUUAAAUUUAUUAUCAUUUUACUUUUGAAGAUUAUAAAAUGUUUGAUGUGAUUUAUAAGGAAAAUUAGCCUUCAAAGUAUUAUUAUUAAAUAUGGUAAUUAGCAAAAUAUACAUUGUUAAAAAUGGAGAAAUUGAAAUAUCAUAAAAUAUAGAGGUUGGCACUUUGAUAACUGAAAAUAAUUUAACAGUUUAAAGAUUCUUUAAAAAAAAUGAUAAAAAGUAUGAAAGAGUGAGAACUGGAAUAAUAACAUCAGGAUUGGUUUUUGGUCAUGAAGAAGUUAUUAAGGAUGUGGUAAGAGAACAUAGAGCUAUUUGUUUGAGUUAAAAAGCAGAAGUAUUUUCAUUGGAUAAGGAUAGAUUUUUAUAAUAUUUUAAAAAAGGAGGAGCUAUAUAAAAAUUAAUAAAACUUGAUUAAACUAAUUUUUCUCGUAAAUCAAAAAGUGUUUCAUUGAUAAAGGAACUUAAAUCAUUCUCUCCACCAAUACCAUAUAGAGAUAUUCCAUUUUUGGAAGAAGAUGAUAAAAUAUCUGAUUUUGUAAUUAAGAAAGCAAAGAAUGCAGUAGAUCGUGUAGGAAAUGAACCAAAACGUAGUGGAUAUGAAUUUUUAUAAGGCAAAGGUCAUAUAAAUAAAGCACAUUACAAUUUUCAAAAGAAUUUAGAAACAUUAAAGAGGAAUCUAAAAUUCAGUGAACCUUUAAAUAUAAAUACAGGUUUAUUUGAUUUAGAUACUAAUAAAGGAACAGCAAUAAGUAUAAUGAAUAAAGUAUAACUUAUAAUUGUAAAUAAGGUGUUUCCAAGUGCGAGUCGUCCAAAAUACGAAAUACCAAAUUACUCAAUGAGUCCAAGGACUGUAAUAAAAUCUUUAAAAUUGCCUAAAUUACUUAACGAAGUUGAUGUAUUGCUCUUUUCUAAUAAAGAAUCAAUGAUCUCAAACUCAACAACCUAUAAAUAAUAAGCAGUAAUAAAAGAUGAUGAGUGA